ACAAGUGAUGGGAGCGGAGGUCCACCUGAAGAGUCCCGCAACAGAGUGUCACUUUUGACCCGUGGUUUUCUGGAAGUUCGCACGUGGAGUUGGCGCGGAUGAGCGGGAUUUUCGGGUGAGACGAAGUGCUCUCCGGAGGUCCAGGAUUUGCGUCAUGGCAGAGGUGUGAGCGACUUGAGCCAAGAUGAGCAGGAAUACAAGUUCGACCCGGAGCUUCUAUGGAAUAUAGUCCGGUUCUGCACAGCGUCCAUGUGGUGCCAUCACCCCACGUGAAGAAUAAACUCUUUGUUUUCUGUAUCAUGUUGUCCCUGUGGGUCUACAUGAUCUACUGCUGUGUCGGCUACUGCUCCACCGUGCCCAACCUCACCUACAGACGCGACUCCGAGUCGGAACCGGAGCAGCAGGGCGCGUCGCUCGGCGCGUCCAGGGACUUGCUGAACAACGACAACGACUUGGACAGCAGGGCGGAGGACUGGGAGGAAAGUCGAGGGGAGGUGAGGGAUGACAACUUGAUGUUCUUCAACGAGACGGAGACGAAGAAGCUGCCUCAGGCGAUCAUCAUCGGGGUGAAGAAGGGGGGCACCCGCGCGCUGCUCGAGUUCCUGCGCCUGCACCCGGACAUCAGGGCGGUGGGAGCGGAGCCGCACUUCUUCGACCGCAACUAUGACAAGGGACUCGACUGGUACAGGGAGCUGAUGCCCAAGUCCUCUGACGGCCAGCUGACGAUGGAGAAAACGCCGAGCUACUACGUCACUAAGGAAGUCCCUUCCCGUAUCCACAACAUGUCCAAAGACACGAAGCUAAUCGUGGUCGUCCGGGACCCAGUCACUCGGGCUAUCUCGGACUACACACAGACUCGCUCCAAAAAACCCGACAUCCCUUCCUUCGAGAGCCUGACCUUCAAGAACAAGUCAGCGGGUCUCAUUGACACUUCGUGGAGCGCCGUUCAGAUCGGGAUGUACGCUAAACACCUGGAACGCUGGCUGCAGUUCUUCCCUAUGGAGCAGCUGCUGUUUGUCAGCGGGGAGCGACUCAUCAGCGACCCAGCGGGCGAAGUGGCUCGGGUUCAGGACUUCCUCGGCCUCAGGAGGGUGGUCACGGAAAAGCAUUUUCAUUUUAACCCGGCCAAAGGCUUCCCCUGCCUGAAGAGGCCCGACGGGAACAGCAAGCCGCACUGCCUGGGGAAAACCAAAGGCAGGACCCAUCCCAACAUCGACCCGGACGUGGUCCAGAGACUCCGUGACUUCUAUAAGCCCUUUAACAGCAAGUUUUACAAGAUGACUGGCCACAACUUUGGCUGGGACUGAGUCGAGAAUGACAGUUAUCUUUAAAAAGAUAUAUAACUCUGAUGACAUUGGGCCGCCGGCUGAGCUGUUGCACCAAAAAUGAAGUGACAUUUCUGGUUGUGCAUUCAUGAAACAGUCAUUAGUUUAGUAAAUUCAUAAGACUCAACUUCUAGCUGUAUGUGUGUGUGUGUUAUUACAGUAUGUCAUGCUUCCCAUAAACAUUCAUCAAUUCCCUCAGAGUCUAAACGUACACUACACAAGUCUUUACAUUUUACAUAAAUUUUUAAAAUUCAUAUGUUUAUACAAGUAACAUCCAACUUACGACCUGCUCCACUUACGUCCACCAGUAGUUAUUGAUCUCCUUUCGAAAAGAACAUCCCACUUUGUGUUGCCGAGAGGUUGAGCGGCAACUAUUAUCUUUUUCAUUAUUGCCUCCUGUAUUAUUUAUUAUUUUUCCAGGCUUGAAAGGAGCUCGGACGUGAGCUGCAAACCAAUAGAAAACUGUUAUGGUUAGGAAAGAGAAGCCAAAAUUAAGCUUUUAAAUAUUAUUUGUGUUUGAAAUUUAUUUUCUUUUACUGAAAAAGUGUGUUUUUUAGUUUAUCAGUUUUUUUUUAUAGCUUAUUCAAUGCAUUCAAUAACAACAGAGAACAAAACAAAAUGCUUUCAAAAACAUGUAGACGCCUCAAGAAUACUUAAAUAUUAAAUUGAAUCCGUUUCUUCUUUGGAUUUGUCAUCGCUUCCAUUGUUGCCGUGCGUUAUGGGAUGUGGUAUAAACCACGUGUUUUACACAUUAAUAGCUGUAUCACAGGUUUGAUACGAGUUUGACGCGUCUGACUUGAAGUAAAAAUAUUUUUCGCAUAUCAAUAAUUUCACUUCAUUUCCCCACCACAUAGUUCUGUGCCAGAGGCCCAAUGUCAUCGCGUGUCUGUAUAGUAUUUGCUAGAUGUGUACAAAUUCCAGAAGUCUAUUUUAUGAUAAUUUAUUUUUGAUGAUAUGAGCUCACUAUGCUGCCUAACCACUCUUGAUUUCAUUGUCCUGGUGUGAGUUCAGACCUGGCAAAAAAAAGCACAAACUUUUACGGGUACGUUCAAUUCUUUCUUUUUUUAAGUGACAUGUUUUGCUGCUUCAGUCCCCAGAACCAAACUAGUAAUAUCCCCUUCAACAUUAAGGUGACCCUCCGAGGUCCGUGGACUCACUUAGUCAGGUCGAAGCGGGCAUCAGCUGAUCCGGUGUCACUCGCCAGGUGGAUCAAUAGUGUAAUAGCUCUUCAUCGUGUCUAUUAGACCUGACUGAUGGCACCGCUCUCUCAAGCGCUGCAAUAAAACAUGGAUCCAUUAAUGGCAGGGGGAGAUUACGCCUGACCCUCCAGGGCCGACUUGAUAAAAUGCGUUUCCACUGGAAUGUUUGGGCUUAAUCUCCGCCACAGAAUGUUCCAAGGACCUUCUGGAGGAGUUCCGCUCAUAUUCAGUGAAACAGCUCUGCUGUAUAACAUUCAUUUAUUUCCCUUUUGGAACGGACUCUGAUUCAUUUGCCUGAGUCGUGGAGUGAAAUGGCUCGAAUGGAUCAUCGGCUACAGCCCCUUCAUCACAAGUGAGAGUAAACGUGUAAACGCCGUCCUUGUCCCUGGUGUUCCAGCAGAUGAUGUGCGUUCCCUAAGUCUUCGGACAGAAGCUCUUCAGUCUUGCCAGCAGGGCUUUGAGGUGAAGGUAAAAAAUGGCGUCGGGUUCGGUUGAGUUUUAAUCAGCCUUUUGAUGUUGAGAUGCUGUGGAGCAGGUUUGAUGGAGCAAAGCAACAGUCGUGUCAUUAUUAUUUUUUUUUUAAUGAAGUGAACAAUAAAAUUAUUCAACCAAACAAGAAACUGAUGUCUCUUUUAAUGUGAGUGUUUUAUUAUUAUUAUCAUUAUUAUUAUUACUUGACAGAGUAAGUGGCAUCCUAUCUAUUU